GAAAAAAAGACUCUCAUCUGGCAGAGGCAGACAAGGGAGGGAGGGGCAAAUUUUGCUGGAAGUAACAGUGGUGUCAGGCUGGGCUGUGGGAGGAAAAUUCUGGGACUGGCUGAUGGGGCUCAGACUGGUACGAGGUUGGUGGAUGAUCACAUGAUAACAAUCCAGUGGGUAGGAGCCUGGUUCAAACCCGCCAUUUUCCUGGAACUCCUGCUCCUUUUCGGCAGAGGAAGAAAGAGGAUUUGAACCCUGGGUGGCGACAGCUGUCCAAGUGACCGCCUGUAAAUUAGAAAAGCUUGGAGCAGCCCGUCCGCUCGGGGCUUUUCCUUCCUGGGUUUUCAGUUUACUUUUUCUUGUUUUUGGUUGUGUGUAUUUUUAUUUCUAACCUUUCUUCUUGAUUUGCUUGGCCGGGGUGGCUCCGUGAGAGGGAUUUAAACCCCCUCUGUGCGUGAAUCUGCUGCUGCCGAGGAGGGAAGAUGUCGGGACAGAGUAUCACGGACCGUAUUGCUGCGGCUCAGCACAGUGUCACCGGCUCGGCCGUCUCUAAAACCGUUUGUAAAGCCACCACACACGAGAUUAUGGGCCCCAAGAAGAAGCACCUAGAUUCAGCUGGCCUACUAUUUGGGAGUGCAGCUGGGUUUGGUGCUUACCAGAUCACUCAAGACCCCAAGAACAUGUGGUUGUCUUUAAAUCUCAUUCAGUGUACAAAUGAGAUGAAUGUAAACAUACCUCAGCUGGCAGAUAGCCUUUUUGAAAGAACUACAAAUAGUAGCUGGGUGGUGGUAUUCAAGUCUCUCAUCACAACUCAUCAAAUGAUGGUUUAUGGAAAUGAGCGUUUUAUUCAGUACCUAGCUUCAAGAAACACCUUGUUCAACCUGAACAAUUUUCUAGAUAAAAGUGGGUUGCAAGGAUACGACAUGUCUACUUUCAUCCGGCGCUAUAGUAGAUAUCUAAAUGAAAAAGCAGUCUCCUACAGACAGGUUGCUUUUGACUUCACAAAGGUGAAAAGAGGGGCUGAUGGAGUUAUGAGAACAAUGAGUACAGAGAAAUUGCUAAAGACUAUGCCCAUUAUACAGAAUCAAAUGGAUGCACUGCUGGACUUCAAUGUCAGUGCCAAUGAACUCACAAAUGGAGUGAUCAAUGCAGCUUUUAUGCUUCUGUUCAAAGAUGCCAUUAGACUUUUUGCAGCUUAUAAUGAAGGGAUCAUUAAUUUAUUGGAGAAAUACUUUGACAUGAAGAAAAACCAGUGCAAGGAGGCUCUUGAUAUAUACAAAAAGUUCCUUACUAGAAUGACAAGGAUCUCUGAAUUCCUCAAGGUUGCAGAACAAGUUGGAAUUGACAGGGGAGAUAUACCAGACCUUUCUCAGGCACCAAGUAGCCUCCUUGAUGCUUUAGAACAGCAUCUGGCUUCAUUGGAAGGCAAGAAAGUUAAAGACUCUUCGACAGCUGCUAGCAGAGCUACCACCCUUUCAAAUGCAGUCUCAUCACUUUCUAACACAGGCAUGUCACUCAGCCGAGUAGAUGAAAGAGAAAAACAAGCAGCUUUGGAGGAAGAGCAGGCCCGGUUGAAAGCACUCAAGGAACAGCGCUUGAGGGAACUUGCAAAAAAGUCCUAUCCAUCUUCUGCAACAACUGCCGCAUCACCCAGUUCAACCUCUGGUGGAAGUAUCAGCACAACUGUAGCCGUAGACCUCUUCUCAACACCUAGUUCUUCCAACAGCACUUCCAAAGUGCCAAAUGACUUGCUUGAUCUUCAGCCAACAUUUCAGCCAUCCAUGCAAUCUAUCUCAACGAUGGCUCCAGCAUCUAAUACAUGGGCAGAUCCUUUCUCCUCUUCUGGUGCUGGUGAUGAAGCCAUUCCAAGUUUAAAUCCUUUUCUUACGAAACCUGAUGAAGUUCUAAAUACCACUGUCGCCUUCUCAGAUGGUGUGACCUUUACUUCUAGGACGCAUAGCCAUGAAAUGUUUGAUCAUUUCAAUCCUUUUACUGAGCCAAGUUCUACAGUUGCCACAAAUUAUGAAUACACUCCUCGGAUUGACCGUAUUGUCGCAGAUUCCUUCUGUGGUCCUCCAGCCUAUUCUAAUGCUUCCCAGUUUAGAAUUGAGCCCUCUGCUGUAGCUGGUCUAUUCACAGGGUUCAAUCCCUCGCCAGCUACUCAGGCACCAUCAUCAACAAGCCUUAAUGUUGACUUUGAGUCCGUAUUUGGGACUAAAUCAACUUCCACAACCAACAGCAUCAUUGAUUCUGGUGACUUUGAUGGAUUAGGUGGACUCUUGAAACCAACAAUAGCUUUGCAGAAUCAGUCUCAGCCACUUGCAAAGCAGCAACCAGGCAAGCUUGUAGGAGAAGAUUUGGAUUCAUCAUUGGCCAACCUGGUAGGCAACCUGGGAAUUGGAAAUGGAUCCACAAAAAAAAGUGAUCUUCAUUGGAACCAGCCUGGGGAAAAGAAGUUGACUGGAGGAACCAACUGGCAGCCGAAGCUUGCUCCGACUACCACCUGGAAUCCUGCUACAAUGGCACCCCCGAUAAUGGCUUACCCAGCGACAACACCGACAGCAGUGAUGGGAUAUGGCAUGCCACCUGCAAUCGGAACUAUGCCUAUGAUGACACAACAAACAAUGAUGUACACUCAACCAGCCAUGAGACCAUCAAACCCUUUCAGUUCUGUACCUGGAGCGCAGUUGCCUACAGCCUCAAGUCCUUCUAAUCAAAGUCCUCCUAGAGCCCCCGGAAAGGAUCCGUUUGCAGAGCUCUCUCUCAAGGAUUUCUUGUAGAACAGACAAGAUACACUUUAUGUAAUGGCAUCAAACGGAACCAUUCUGAGAAGAUAAGUGCUAAGCAGCAAAUUUUAUUCUUCUUGCAAAAUACUCGCUGUUUGUGAAACUAUCUUCCAUAAGGAUGUUCUCAAUGUGGAUAAUAACAAGAUUGCAGAAUGACCAAGGUGAAAGGUUUAUUGGAAAACAUGAUGUAUCAACCUAAGCAGCAAGUGGAAAGACUUGUAUUGAUUGGCUGACGACUGAUUCAGUCAUGAUUUUAUAUUGUUCCAACCAGUAAUGCCAUACAGAACAUCAAAUAGUUAUGUUCUCAUGCUGAGUGUAACAUUGAUUUAGAAUUGACAGCUUGAAGAAUGAUAAGUUUAUGGCUAACAGCUGCUGGAUUGUAAAUUUUGAGGAUUUGGUAGGGUAUUCUUUGAAAAGCAGCAGUAAAUUAUGUAACUUUUGUAUGUACACCAAGCAUCAGUUUUUCUUUCUCUCUCUUUCACUUGCACAGAAUAAUCAUGCUAAAAUUAUCAAUUUGGAAUUUUACUUUUUAUUCAAGUUUGCAGUAGACAUUCCUUGUGUACUAUGUUUAUAUUUAUUUAUGACUGUCAGAUUAAGUAACAACAUUGCAUCGGAUGCUUUGUGAGGAUUAAUAUGAAUGUGCAGGCUUCAUCAGGUUAGAUGAAAACAUGAGUUUGAAUGGAAAAUGCUGUUAUUUGAAAGAUGAAGCACUAAAUAUUCUGUAACUCAGUUUACUUACCCUUGUACAAUUAUUUGUAGGCAGAUUCUCAAUCCUGCAUUUGUAUGGAAUUUAGAAUGAAUAUUGUAUUAAUCAAUGUAGUUAAUUCUGUGCCUAGGAUUUUGCAAUGGAACAGUUAUUGACUUGCAAACUACUACUUUUGUAUUUUGGCAUUAGCAUAAUUGGGAGGGCCUUUCUAUGCUCAGCACGUCAUUAUUUUACAUCAAAGUUUAAUGCUGCCUUUCCUGACUAGAAUGUAAAGAAUUGCCUUCAGUUCACGAAGAUCCUCUACCUCCAUAGGACUCCAAAUCAUAUGCAGAUCUCAGAACACUUAAAAUGUUUGUUUAAAUGUCCACUCAUGGUGUCUUCACUUGGUUGGUUCUAAGAAGACUUGUUUACACAAAGUUGGAAAUGAGGGAAUAGUUUCUGUGUAGAAUUUUUUUAAAAAGUAAAGCAAGAUAAAAUGUAACGCAAGGCACUGUUGAUCGGUGCUCACUGUAUAUAACAAACUCUGUUUGCAUCACUGAUGUGAAGGAUAGCUUGAGCUUAAGGCAAUUCAGUACACAAACUUUGCAAAAUUUCACUGCAUUGUCUUUGCAGAAUAUAUUUUGUUUAAAUGAAAAAAAAAUGUAUGUUAGGGGAAAAUUUGGUGGAUUUUCAAAUAAAGAGCAGCUUUCACUGACAUUUUGUUACCAAUUAGGUCCAAGUUACAUCUCUUGAUUCCAAUAGAUCCUGUGCGUGGAUAUAAUAAUUCUGCAUUAUUUAAUUUAAAAAAAACAAGCAUUUGUAGGUAAGCUGUUAUGUCACAUUGAUCUUUUUCAUCAAUGGAAAGGCUUUGUUGCCGGACAUUAUCUGACCAUUUGAACAGAUCUUCAAAAGUUUUAACUCUUCGCGGUAAAGUUGCUCAGGAUUCAUCGGAAAAAAUGGAUAUCAGUAAUGUCAAUGAUUCUAUUUGUUUAUUGUGUAAUCUCUCCUUUUUUUAAAAAAAAUGUGCACUUGUGUUUGCCACAAAUGUCAGAUGUCAAUUGAUAUUGAUUUAACUGAAAUGAAAAAAAUGUUACGGUAAAAAUUUCAACUUAAAAUACUGUCUUGAAAUCACUUAAGACAGUUGUACAAAAAUGUUGCCUUCUUUACGUUGUGACUUCUGGACAUAUCUUGGGGCACUGCUUCAAGACAAUUGGGCUAUGAAUCUUUCAAAGAAUAAGGCAUGGCCAACUAAUCUCACUGAAUUUUGUAAAACCACUAAUCUGGUGAAAGGGUAAUUUCGUGAAUAUUGCCUACCUGGGGAUACAAAUGGAAUUUGAUAAGGUUGAGUACAAAAUUAGUACCAAUAAUAAGAGUACAGUGAUUGGAGUUCACCUCGCAGCAUAGAUUAUUAAUUAGCUGGUUGGUAUGAUUCACAGAAAUUAAAAUGGUUUAUUUGUGGCAUAGUGUGAUGUGGUGUUUCAUAAUGAUCUACACUGAGGCCUCCCUUUUGUGCCUUAGAUGAGGGCAUAGGAAGUUCUGUAUCUGGUUUGCAAAUGACAUGAAGUUAAGUGGUAUGAUAACUUUGAGAGGAAAGCAGGAUAUUAUGUUGUUACAUCAUUUUGUCAAUUCUGUGGCAUUUGUUUGAGAGAGCCCAUCCAGUUUGGAUUGAAUCAAGGUAAAUCCACAAUAUUUUGCUGACAAUUGAGGAGCGAAAUGAUUGAAUGUUCAUGCGCAUAACUUACCAUAUGUUAAUACUCUGUACAAAAGGUAACAAGGCGAUUAGAAUGUUGGCUUUAAUCUCACAAGGAGUGAGAUUUGUAUCAGUUGCACAGAAACUUGUUUAGACUCUUGUAGGGUGCAGCAUUUGUUUGUGAGAACAAACCAGUGUAAGACCUUGGGAGGGAAUUAUGCAUAGAUAUGCCAGAAUGGUACAGAAUUUAAAGGGCUAUGUUGAGGGUGAGAUGCAGAAACGUGGAUUGUAUUGCAUUGAGUUAAUGUAUUGAGGCGUAAUUUAUAAAGAGAUUUCAGUAGGGCAGUUAUAGACAAACUGUUUUCUCUAUGUGGGGACUUGAAUGCAAUUUCAAAGAUGUGAAAUUCCAGCUAAGCCAUUGAGAAGUGAAGGUAGGAAAUAGGUUUUACGUUCAAAUUUAGUGAAAUUUAGUUUCCUUCUGCAAAAGGGUACAGAUGUUCGGUCAAUUAAAUUUUUCAAGACUAAAGUCAGUAAGUAUUUACUCAGGUUAUGAAAGAUGGUUAAAUGGAGUUGGGCCCAGAUCAGUGAUAACAGAAAUGAUCAAGGUGUUUACAUUACUACAGUACCCCUUCCUCCCAUCUCCCUUUUAUCUUACUUUUCUCACCUCUUCUCACUCCUCAAGCUGCAGUUUAAUAGCCUGCAGCCAGAGAAUCAUCUGUGUUGCCACAGUUUGACUUUGGAGUAACUUGUUGACAAUUUAGUUAAAUUUUACUCCUUGUGAGUUGGAAACUGACAGUGAAAAGGUAUUAGAGAUAAUAGGCACUGCAGAUGCUGGCGAAUCUGAGAUAACAAGAUGUAGAGCUGGAUGAACACAGCAGGCCAAGUAGCAUCAGAGGAGCCUGCUUGGUUUGCUGUGUUCAUCCAGUUCUACACCUUUGUUAUAUCAGUGAAAAGAUAUUUCCCAGAAGUGUAAGCAAGUCACACGUAUGGAUAAAAUUUGAUGCUUUGCAUGUGACAUUGCUGACUGAUUUGACAUAUAUUAUGCUUAGUUCUAAAGAAUAGUAAAUUUUUUGAUCAAAUCUGCAUUAGACUCUUUCUUUGUUUAAACAUUUACUCCAGUUUGUCCUACUCCCUGGCAGAACACAGAUGAAAUACUAUCCAACAACCAAUAACAAGACUUCUUGUUAACACAUGGGGAAAUGUUUUGUUUUUUGUUGUUUUCCCAUUCAUGGUAUAUUCCUGUGUAAUUUUGGCAACACAAUUUCACAUCAGACUUUGUAAAUGCUUGCUUGUAAUACUGAUGUCCAAAUUCUCCAGACAAGCAGACUGAUUACUGAAGUAACAUUAUGGUCUUCCAGACUUCAGUGCUGCUUAUUGCUUGUCAACUAUUUGCACAUCUGUGGAUGUUAGUGUGUAUGGCACUAAUAGAGUGAAACUUGACUCUGAACUAUUCCCUAAUUUUCUAUAUUGGGUUAAUUAUUGAUAAAACAGAUGCACAAAAUUCCCCUCUCAAAAUUCUGCCCUGGCACAAAUUCAAAAUCAGCUGAUCUAACUUAGCAAGUUGAGACGGUCAGGUCUCCUAUCCCGUAAUCAAUUUGAAAUUAAGAUUCUUAUUGCUCAAUAUUUUCAAUUCAAGCCACAGCAUCCUGUCAAUACUCCAGCUGAAAAUUGAAAUGGAGAAUUGAAAAUGCAAUUUUCAAUUUGCAAUUAGCUCUCUUGCCAAAACAUCAUGUUUCAUUGGAGGUUGAAAAUGCUUUGUUGGCAGAUAUGAGUUAAAUUAAGUCAGAAAGACUAUGUAAGUGCUCAAAGAAGAAACACCUUGACUGCCUAAAUCAAUGUGGAGAUGAGUGAAAUAAUUCCAUGGUUUUGAAGUGUCUUAAAUUCUUAAUAUUUACUCAAAAUUUAAAGUCAUUGUCUGAUUUUUGUGCUGUUUUAGACUAAACACUUUAUUGAAUUAGCAGCAAAAUCUUUGUGAUCUUGUGGUCAAAUCUGAAUGGCAGGUGGCAGUUGACAGUUGCUAUCAUCUUAAAAUUGCCUGGUGCCUAACUUGUUUAUCAAUCUCCCAAAGAUGGAAGAUACAGAUACAUUGCACAAAACUCUGAUUUAGUUUGUGGUUCUGAUAAAGGAGAGAAUAAAGUGUUUUGGGAUGAUGGUAAUAAUUAAAACAUUUGACUUUGACUAUAAAAUGUUGGGAGCUAAUUGAACAAGCUUAUGAACAAAAUAGAAAAUGCUGGAAAUAUUCAGAUCAAACAGCAGUUGUGUUCAACCAAUAACAUUUCAGAGUGAUUACCUUUCUCCAAAAUUUUAAAAGUAGCACCAUUGGGUUAUACAGCUUUAAUAAUUGUUAGGUGCAGUAAAGGUAAUAAGAGGCUCUCCUUUGUAAAUCAUAAGAUUUUGACACAUUCUUCUUGAGCACAGUGUGUAUGUUUGAACAUGGCAUUAUUUUGAUGCGCUUCAGAGGAAUCAAUUCGUGCUUGGUGUAUGAUUCCACUGGGUAUUGUUGCCGUUUUAGUAUUUUAAUCAGUCAUUCUUCGUGUAUGAGCGAAGUGCGAAUUCUGACAGACAACUCGAACAUGAGGCAUCAUAUCCAAGCCUAAUGUUGCUCUCUUAUAUUUAUACUCCUAUUUACUCCCAAAGCUCAUGAAAUUACAGUUGAAUACAAUUAUACUUCCUCCUUUGACUUCCCAAGCUAAAAUUGGAAGAGUUCCUUGAACUCUUGAUCUCUUCAUUCAUUUCCUUAACAAUAGUCUCCUACUGCAUAAAAGGCCUUUUCUGUAGAUUAUACAGUACUAAUGAGACACUUAUCAAUAACCAAAGUGAAGGGAUAAUAAGAACACGUUUAAGCACCCCAAUUGAACAUAUAUGAAAUAGUACAUUUAGAACCCAGGAGGAUAUGCUGACCAGUUAAAUUGUUUCUAUAUUCACUGUAUCAAUCCUGUUAGCAUAUAAGAACCAUUCUGAUCCAUGUUGACAAUGCAGCUUUGUGAUCUUAAUCCAACCUCAAACUGCUACAGAUCACUGUAAAUGAAAAAUCAAAUCAUACAUUCUGCCUUUUCAAUAAGAAAGCAAUAUUCUUUGGCAUGCGUCUGAGAGAGAUUCUAAUAUGCUAUAUAAAUACAUAUUUGAUCUUUUUGUACAUGAUUGUGUCCUUACUCUGUUUUAUCCUGUCACAAAGGAGGAAGUUUGAUGAAUACGGAAGCAGUGCACUAUUCAACUCGAUGUAUUUUUCACAUCCUUAAAGUGGAAAUACUUUAGCAUGCACUGGGUUUGGAUUAUUGCCUUAAAUCUCACUGUAUCCAUUAGCCAUUUUGAAAUGUACACUAUAAAUUCUUUACUGAAUAUAAAAAUUGCAUUGUAAUUGAAAUUUGGAUGCAGAUUUCUCAUACUUUUGCAUCACUGUGGAUUUACAAAAAAAAAUAAAGCCAGACAUGUUUCCUAA